AGUUUCUAUCCACGACUCUGAAGAUGCAAAAUUCAAUGAUAAGAUCAUGGCCAACGGAAAUGGUCACACCGUGUUUGAUGCUCAACAUCCUUACAGAGCAAAUGUCGCCGUUAAAAAGGAGUUACAUACUCCUGAGUCUGACCGUUCUUGCACUCAUUUGGAAUUUGACAUUGCCGGAAGUGGACUUACGUAUGAAACUGGAGAUCAUGUUGGUGUACUUUGUGAUAAUUUAAGUGAAACUGUAGAUGAAGCCCUGAAGUUGCUGGAUAUGUCACCUGAUACUUAUUUCUCACUUCACGCUGAAAAAGAAGAUGGCACACCAAUCAGCAGCUCACUUCCUCCUCCAUUCCCACCUUGUAACUUGAGAACAGCGCUUACACAAUAUGCAUGUCUAUUGAGUUCUCCUAAGAAGUCUGCUUUACUUGCUUUGUCUGCUCAUGCAUCUGAUCCCACGGAAGCAGAACGAUUGACACAUCUUGCUUCACCUGCUGGAAAGGAUGAAUAUUCAAAGUGGGUAGUAGAGAGUCAAAGAAGUUUACUAGAGGUGAUGGCGGAGUUUCCUUCAGCCAAGCCACCACUUGGUGUCUUCUUCGCUGGAGUUGCUCCAAGGUUGCAGCCUAGGUUCUAUUCGAUAUCAUCAUCUCCCAAGAUUGCUGAAACUAGAAUUCAUGUCACAUGUGCACUGGUUCAUGAGAAGAUGCCAACCGGCAGGAUUCAUAAGGGAGUAUGUUCGACUUGGAUGAAGAAUGCGGUGCCUUAUGAGAAGAGUGAAAACUGCUCGUCGGCUCCAAUAUUUGUCAGGCAAUCCAACUUCAAGCUUCCUUCUGAUUCUAAGGUACCUAUCAUCAUGAUCGGUCCAGGGACUGGAUUGGCUCCAUUCAGAGGUUUCCUUCAGGAAAGACUCGCGUUGGUAGAAUCUGGUGUUGAACUUGGACCAUCAGUUUUGUUCUUUGGAUGCAGAAACCGUAGAAUGGAUUUCAUCUACGAGGAAGAGCUCCAGAGAUUUGUUGAGAGCGGUGCUCUUGCGGAGCUAAUUGUUGCCUUCUCUCGUGAAGGACCCACCAAAGAAUAUGUACAGCACAAAAUGAUGGACAAGGCUUCUGAUAUCUGGAACAUGAUCUCUCAAGGAGCAUAUGUAUAUGUUUGCGGUGACGCAAAAGGCAUGGCAAGAGACGUUCACAGGUCUCUCCACACAAUAGCUCAAGAACAGGGAUCAAUGGAUUCAACUAAAGCAGAGGGCUUUGUGAAGAACCUGCAAAUGAGUGGAAGAUAUCUGAGAGAUGUAUGGUAACGAGACAAUUGAAGCCACACACUCACUGUGUACUUAUAUUCAUAUAUAUACGGCACAGAAGUGCCACAAUAUGAUGAUCAUUAAGUUUGUGAUCGCAAGGAGAAAUGAACUUCCCUUUUUUCCAUUUUUAA